GAUCUAAUCGACACGCGACAAGUAAGCUCAGCUUAGACUAUACUUUUCGGUUAGAUUAAUUGACUGUAGGCCUAGUCUAUAAUAAACUGAGCCGACAUACGAAAGAAGCUGACAGGGUGAUGUGGAGCUGGCGAAUAUUUUGUUCGUGUUUGAUUGUCAUUUGUAUGCACUUGAGAGUGGAAAUGGCCAUGAAAGAAUCAGUAGAAAUGGACAACACACUGAGCAAUGGACUUGCCUAUGGAGGGAUACUGAACAAUCUGGUUUCUCUACCAGCUGAUGAUACAGAUAUUGAAGCAGUUGCAAAGUUUGCAGCGGAUUAUGCAUUGAAGCGGCAUCCACAGUCCAUGCCUUUGAAUGAACAAAGUGAGAUUACCCCAUGGCAGAUCCUUGAACCUAAGAAAUUAAAAUUGCACUUCACCCAGGAUGGCAAGAACCUUUUCAUCUAUGAGGAAGUGUCCCAGGGACCUGGUGGUCUUCAGGUCCAGAACAGACAGGCAAUCCUGGGAAUCACUUACACAUUCACCCUCUCAUGGCCCUCACAGCCGGAAAGCUACAAUCACAGAUUCACCAUCAAUAAAGACAGAGAAAAACAGCUCCAUGUGUACUCCCACACAUUCUCCAAGCGCACUUCAGCAUCGGAUUCCAAAGAGAACUGCAUUGACCAAUCAGAGAGCUGCAGCUCUGAGGCAGCCAAAACUUUGGACCAAUCAGAGGGCAAGGUUACUCUGGACAGCCAAUCAGAGUGCAAGGAUGGAAGCUCUCAUAAUGUAUGGACAGAGACGCAAGGAGAGAAAGCAGAAGUAGGCAGUAAUCGUUUGGAGACUGAUGAGAUAAUUGGAAGGUUUACAACAUAUAACAUUUGGAAUUUCAACGGAAAGUCUAAGGGAGAAUUUGAUAAAAAGUUCUACCCUCCAAGAGAAGCCCACAUGGGGAAGCUCCUUGUAGGCUCCAACAGUGACAUUAUUGGUUUACAAGAGGUGCGUUAUGACUACCAGUACAGCUCAUUAUGUGGUCCAGCCCAGGUCUCUCAUUUUGCAGAUCAUCUAAAAGGCUACCAAUUCAUAUAUCAACCAGCCAAUACAUUUUGGAGAGGGCACCUUGGCAGAUCAGAAGAAGGAUUGGCUCUAUUCUCCAAGUAUCAUAUCCUCUCUCAUGACUAUAUUAUGCUGUCGAGGAACACAAGUGAUGAGGAGGAUAGUCACCAGCGCAUUUGUCUCCAUGCCGAGAUAGAUCAUCCUGCCUUGGGAGUGGUUCAUGUAUUUGUGAGUCAUCUGUCUCUAAGCGCAGUUGCCAGGGAGAGGAGUGUGGUAGAGAUAUGGCGUUACAUGCAGCGUUUCCCUGGUCAAGCAAUACUCCUGGGAGACCUCAACUCAGAGCCCCAUGAAGCGCCAAUGAAAUUUUUAAGAGGCGAGAUUGAACUGCUGGGACAUCGAACAGAAGGCUUGGUCGAUGCGUGGAAAGUGUUUCACAGUGAACCAAGACCAAAUGUGCCAGGAACUUACAAAGGUGAUGAGCCUCGUGACCUUGGGCUGACCUACAAUUCAUUAGAGGAACACAUGAGCAAGAGGAUUGACUUUGUCUACGUCCGUCUGACCGAUGAUUUUAAACUCCUGGAAGCAUCCUUGGUAGAUGAUGGUGUCCGUGGCGACAAGGCAGCAUCUGAUCACAUAGGAGUAGCAGCUGUCAUAGCUCCAAUAUCACAAUCAUCAGGAAAGCGUUAAAUUCAUUUAUCGAGCAUUAUGUACUUUUGGUAUAACAUUCCAACUUUGUAAUCUAUAUUAUUAUACUGCCAACCAAAUUUGUACUACGGUUUUCAUGCCUUAUCUAUAUGAAGCUUUGGUUUGUUUUUAUACAUCUGAAUGUUUUGUGAUUUAGUGAUGUAGAAUGACAGCAACCCAUGGGACUUGGCAUAGAGAUGAAUAUAUAGGGCAUGAACCCAUUAAAGUGUCAUAUCAAUAUCUUAACUGCUGCAUCCAUCUUCCCACAUCUCCAUUAUGUUUACCCAUUUCCCCUCAUUCCCAGCCCACCAUUGUUUAUCCCUCUAUCCAAAAUGUUCUUCCCAGUGUCUACUGAAAUUACCACUCUCGCCCCAUGAUUCGACUCGUGCCCCCUCUUGUUUAAAGGUACCAUCAUAAUUAAUUGCCACAUCCACUACGUCACCGUCCUUGAGUGAUUGUUCCUUUCCUUAUGGCCCUCUCCCUUAGCUCCCUCACUGCCUAGGCCAUCUUCUCCUCACAGGUCUGUGAAAGGUUCAGUCAUGCGAUUGCAUUGUGUAAGAAACAGUGUUGAAUCGAUCAGAAAAGUAUGAUCAUUUAGCAUAUAAGUAUU